UUAAUGAUGAGCGCAAGAAAAUCAAAUUUUCAGCAGUGUCUGACAAAGUAGGCAGCAAACAUGUGUAGCUGCUACACAUAACUUUUACACAAAUAAAGCAGAAACCUAUGUACUUAUUUUUUAAACAAGCUAAAAAAGACGCCCAAAUUUAACUCGCGUGCUGUGAACCGAACCAUCAAACAAAAAUUGUUCCCUAUAAAAACUUGAAAACAAAUCGUGUGCGGAAUUAGUAACGCGUAAGCAUAAGUGAAUUAAAAUGAAUAAUUUCAUAACAAAUCUUAUGAGACGAUCCAGCAGCAGUAUGGCAACGUCUAGUGCCGCCACUGCGCCCAGCGCUGUCGUAGAAGACGUCGAGUCCAACAACGAAGAUGCACUCCUAACGCUCGCGAUGAAUCGCUGCUCGGUGGAUACCGAGCUGGAUAAGCUGUUCGUAUCGGCCACACAGGAUUUAAAUGUGCUGGAGAAGCAACAUAAUGAUUUAAUAGAGCGUGUCAGCGAGCCCACCAGUCCCAGGGAAACCAUACAACAGCUACUGGGCGAAAUCAAUCUGAAUUUGGAUCAAGUUAGCGCCAAUGAAAUGGAACAUUUGCAAGCAAUGAGCCUAGAGCUUAGUCCGCUGGCGGUAAAGUCAGGUCCAAGGCACAGCUUGGAGCAACAGAAGGCGCUGGCUGCAGCACUUUGCGCCAAUGCAAUUCAACCUACCACGCCCCCAUUGCCUGCCAGCAUGGAACUAUUUAAACCGCAGUCGCCUAUGGAUCAACCAAAUCUGAAAUUUACGGGCCUGCCCGAGUUCGAUGAAACACAAAUACCAGAACUGGCGCCACUCAGCGCCGACAUGGAAGCUCAACUCAAAGCAGAUGAGUGCAUGCCGACGCUGAGUUCCACAGUGUUGAAGCCGACAGAGCAGGAUUACAACUCUGAUUCGGAAAUAUUUGUGGAAUGUCUAUCGUUAAACAGCGGAAAAUACUCUGCAGAGCAAUCUGAACUGGAGGCCUAUUCGAGUGCGCUGAAUGAUGUGCUGGAUGAGCAGCAGGCGAAUGCUACGACAAGCACAUUGGAACAAACCAUUAGUGAUAUAGUGCACAACAAUAGCUGUGAGCCCAUGGAUGUGGAUGAAAUAAAUGAAACAAUGGAAAUGCUCAAGGUCGUGUUAACACCAGAAGAUCAUCAGCAGUUGCAGCAGCAAUUCCUCGACGUAGCCAACACGGAGCAAAUGCAGCAGCACAAGGAAACUGAAUCGACAGAUUUGCAGCAGCUUGAGCAUUUAAUUGCAAGGGAUGAGCAGAGAGAGCAGCAGUUGGAGCGAGAGGCUGAGCCAGUGCAAGAUACACUGCCAGAGCUUGAGCAACUGGAGGAUCAGCAGAAGCUGCCAGAAACUGAAACCGUUGAAAAGCCUUUCGAAGAAUUCACUGAGUCACAAGAGCGUCUUGAAAUAAAAACAAAAUUGUCAGAGCAGCUGUCAUUGGCAACUGAAACAACAUUGGAUCCACUAGAAGAAAUGAAAUUAGAGUCACAAGCAGAAACUCCUGAAGAAGAAACACCAACAAAGAAGCCGCAAACAGCGAUAGCUUUAGAUGCAAAUAUAUGUAGCUCACCGCCCAUACCUACACAUCGGGUUAAGACAGCUGAAGAAUUGGAGUUUUUGGCGCAAAACGAAUAUCCUUCGACUGCAGAGCAACAGUGCAGUGAACAAAUAUCAACUCAAUUGGAGCAGUCUGGCAUGCCGCGAGCUGUGAGCCCAGUUAAGUCACAAGCUGAGCCAGCAACAGUAAUAAAACCUUCACCCCCACCAGUGGCGGUGGUGAUGCCCACGCGGGUUAUAACGCCACUUAAGCUGGAUAUAAGUGAAACAACAACGGCAUCGGCUUGUGAGUCAGCAGCCAGCUCACCUAGCUUUCCCAUUAAGUCUCCAGUGGAAGGCUCAAUGCACUUUCCUCGCUCACCACAUGCACCAGUCGAUGAAGAUGAUAUGCCCUAUUUGGAGCAGGCGGUGAUUGAACCCUCAAUUGAGCGCAUGUAUUCCAUGGGCGGUGUUAUAGCCAAGGCACCACUACCACUGCAAUUGAUAGUAACGCAUCCAAGUCCAGAAAAAUUACAGGAGCACGAGCAUCAACCUUUAAAUGCAACCAUGUCGCUGGAGAAUGCUACAGGCUUCAAUGGUACGUUCACUGAAGCUGCUGCAUCUGCUAGGCGGAGUACUUUUGGUAUGCCUUUGGAUGCGGUUAGUGAACAAGAAGGCCGCACUUAUUCUGUGAUCAAGAGCACAGAAUCUCCGCUGGAGCAACAGUUGAAUAAUACCAUGCCUUUGAGUAAUAAUGAAUCACCAUUAAAUGGCACUUAUGGCAUGCCCUUGAGUGCAGCUAGUGGUGAACAGCGUAGAACUUUUACGCACUCAGGACUAGAAAAUCAACCUGAAGAACUGCUUGCAAAUAAUUCAGCAACGCGACGUACUUUUUGCUUGGAGGAAACAUCAGUCAUUGCUGAACCACGUCGUAAUUUCACGCAGUCUGAGCUGGGAAGCAACCAUCAACAUCUGCAAGAUGAUAUUGCUCCAACUCGACGCACUUUUUGCAUGGAGGAAACCGCUUCACCAGCCAUGGAGGCCACCGAAGAGAACAUUACUGCUGCCGAGGAUGAGCCCAUGGAUAUAGACAUAUCGCUACGUGUCGAAGUUCAGACAGCUGUAGCCUCGCAGCCACUAUCACCACCCAUACCCACGCAUCAGCGUAAGCAAGAGCCAAUCGCGCAGGCGCCGCUCUCACCGCCUAUACCCACGCACCAGCCGGAACGGCAUAUAUCCCCACCAUUGCCCUCGCAGCUAAAGCGUCCUGCAAUUCAUGGCAAUGUGCUUGAGGAACAGACUUUGUCUGCCAAGGAGCAGCUUAGUGCCAGUGAAGAGAAGGAGGAUGUUGAACACUUUGGCGCCAUUUCGCCUAUAUCCGAUGUUUUUAAGCCGCCCAUGUACUCUAGCAACAGCUUCAAUAACCUAGCCAAAGUCAAAAAUAUUGCAACUGCUGCUGCAGCUGCUACAGCAAGCGAGGAACAAUUUUUUGAUGCAGAGUUUCAGGAUGGCUCCAACAACAACAACAUUAUACUCAACUCAUCAGAUUUUGAUUAUUUGUACACGAAAGGCAGCAACGAUGCGCCCGUCGAUCGCAGCUCAUUGCUAUUGAAAUUUGAUCCACUUUUGGGUGCACCAGUGCCAGUGAAUCUAUCGCAGCAUCAUCAGCAGCAACAGGAGCUAGCGCUACUUAAUAUUUUAAGCAACAACAACAAUCUUACACGUGCAUUGAGUCCCACUGUGGAAGAGCACGAGUCAAGUAAUCAAUCGUUUGUGAUCGAGACUAGUGCCAAACCAGCAACAGCAUCUGGAAACGCAAAAGAAUUGCCAUAUAAACCGCCAGUGGACAGGACAAAAAAGCAUGCUAAAAUGAGUGUGGACGUUAUUGGCAACGAUUGUAACAACCCCUUCGAGAAUUCCAACCUGAACACGGAGGACAAAACACACAAAUAUAAUAACAUGGAUGAACUGGAAAAAAAAAUCAAAAAUGAAGUUACCCGCUCCGAGGAUAUCGAAAAGAAACUAAAAGAGGCUGAGCAACGGGAAGAGGCGCUCGUCAAACGCAUAACAGAAAAAGAUAAAAUCAACUCCAAACUCAAUGGUGUUGUAGAUGCGUAUGAGAAAGCAAUUGCGGAGCUUGUUCACGAUAAGGAGCAACUGUCACAAAUGCAUGAAAGACAAAUGCAAGAGGUGCAAGCAGAUCGGGAUUCCAAUUAUAAUCAUUUAACUUCAUUGGAAACGACAUUUUCCGACCUGCAUGUCAAAUAUGAGAAGAGUAAAGAGAUGACCGCACAUUUAAAGCAAGUUGAGGAUGGAUUGCUAGAGGAAAAACGAAAACUAAUGGAUAAAUUGCGACAGCAGGAGCAACGCUAUGAGCAAAUGAAAAGCCAUGCACUACAGCAAAUGGAAAUCGCCAAUAAAAAGCUGGCGACCAUAACAAAAGAGCACGCAGAUGAGGUGAAAAAAUUGAAAGCUUUACUCAAGAAAGAGGAGGUUUCGCGUAUCUCCACAGCAGAGCAACUGCAGCAGAAGGCGCGAGAAAAUGCCGAUCUGCUAAAAAUAUGCGAGGAUCUUAUCUACGACAAAGGACAAGGUGGUACUAGUUAAACCUUUGCAACCUUAAUGGACUAUUGUUUUGCGGCCUGAAUUUAUUUCGUACAUAUAUUUUAUGCUGUAAUUUCGCACAUGGCACACACAUGCAGUCGUAAACACAACCAUAUUAAGCUCUCACACUCAUAAAUACACAUUUGGGCAUGUGGAACGCAUGUUUGUCGCAAACUAAUUCAUUCAACGCGAUCCGUCUCAUUAGUUUUUGUAACUUUUUUGUUGUGUGCUAUUGUGCAUUGAUUUAAACCUCUCAUUAAAUCUCAAUAUCACUUAUCCUGUUAUAUGCAUACAUGUAUACUCUUUUUAUAUACAUACAUACUGAAGAAUCCCGUACUACAAUUCCUAACUAUCCAUAUAAAUGUUGUACUAUUUUUAGAUUUUUAGUUAACACACAACAACUGCAACAACACAUACAAAUGUAACGAGUAGCCAAUGAGUUCCACAUGUUGAGUUCCACACGCGGCUUACGGGUUCCCAAAAAAAAAUUAUCACUUUAUGUUACUAAUUUCUAUCGAAUCUGCCUUUUGGUUAAGUUCAAUGAUAUUAUAGCGUUGUUUGCCUGAAAAUUCUGUGUGAUUUUCAUGUCAAAUAUAAGCUGCUACACACAACAUAACACUAACACACAAAAAAUCGUUUCUUGGGUUCUAUUAACUGAUGAAAUUAAUGAGAAACUUGCAAGUGGAUGAAAAACAGCGUACGCUAGAGGCGCGCCUUUACUAAAUGUUUAAGUUUAUAAUUAGAUUAAUUUAAAUUAAAAAUUUUAAUAAUUGUAUUAAGCAUAAAAUUCUGUAUUACGUAUAAUAGUACUAAACAAAAAAAAAAAACAUCCUAAAAAAUGAAUCAUUAAAAACCAAUACACUAAAAACUGCAUGAAAUUCGAAAAACCUAGUUAUACUAUUUUUCAAUUUAUCUAUUUAUUUUACAGCUUUAGAGUUUUUAUUUGCUUUGCACUUAAAGUGUUCUUGAACAUAAAUAGUUUAAUUACUAGACAGAAUCUUAUCAAUCAAUUUAUUCUAACUCAUAAGGCACACACCAUGAAACCAUGAGAACUUUUAUAUUGUAGCCAGCUUUUGUAGAGUACACCGCCGCUGAGAGCUCUAAUGAAUUUUACUUCCAUCUAUAACAUUUAUUAAAUUAAGAAAUUUACUUAAAUUGUUAAUACACACACAAGCGAAAGAAAAAAGUAUUGUAUACAAAAUUUGUACCCAGUCCAAAUAAUCAAAUAUUAUGCUACCACACAAAAACUUAUA